CAAAUAAUAACCAAGUUACACCAAGAGACUUUUAGACAGCGGUUGGGUUUGGAUGGAAUGGCGACGCUGACGAGCGAGCGGAGAGCUUUUGCUCACAAAAUUAACAGGACAAUAGCUUCAGAGGUCAGAAAGCAGGUCUCCAGGGAAUAUGGCUCUCCUCAGUUGUCCAAAAAACGGCCUGGGUUGCAUCAGUCGCUGCCCCUUUCUGAGGUGGUGGAGCCGAUCGACUACGAGGAGUAUGUAAACAGUCAUGUUCCCAUCUCUGAGCCGGGACCUCUCAGACAACUGCUGGAGUUUCCCACUGAUGACUUGCAGCUCAUACUGCAGGAAAGAGAAUGCACAACAUUGGAGCCGGCUCUCCCCGAAGAAGAUCCUCUAGAUCCAAGAGUGAGAGAUGCGCUUGCGGUCUACACCGAUGACUGGCUCAUUAUUCAAAGAAAAUACCAGUGUUACAGUACGAUACAGACUCCUCACAACACAGAGCGACAAAGGGAGAAACAGAAAGGCCUGGUUAAGCAAACGUUCGAGCUGGACGAGGCAGCAGCCGUUGAGCGGCAGGACGAACAGGAUGACCUUAAAAGAAGAUCACUGUCUCUGGAUGACACACCACGGGGCAGCUGGGCCUCCAGCAUCUUUGAUCUGAAGAACUCCUCCCCAGAUGCCCUGCUGCCCUCACUGCUAGAGCGCACGGCUGCUGAGGAUAUGGACCGCCGCAAUGGAGAGAACCGCCAGCAAGGGCGCCACCCUGACCUACUGGGGCUUUACCCUGCACCAGAUGAGGAUGAGGCCGUGGAAAGGUGCUCGGUCCCCGAGGUACCCAAAGAACAUACAGGCCAGAGAAUAAUGGUGAAGUGUCUGUCUCUUAAAUUCGAAAUAGAAAUUGAACCGAUAUUUGGGACGCUUGCACUAUAUGAUGUAAAGGAAAAGAAAAAGAUUUCAGAGAACUUUUACUUUGACCUGAACUCAGAGCAGAUGAAGAGUUUGCUACGGCCCCACAACCCUCACAACGCCAUCUCCACCCUUGCUCGCUCUGCUAUAUUCUCCAUCACCUAUCCCUCUCCUGACAUUUUCCUGGUUAUCAAGCUGGAAAAGGUCCUGCAGCAGGGAGAUAUAGGAGAGUGCUGUGAGCCAUACAUGGUCAUGAAGGAAUCGGAUUCAGUUAAGCACAAAGAAAAGCUGGAAAAGUUGAAGACCCAGGCAGAGCAGUCGUGCAGUAGGCUGGGUCACUUUAGGAUGCCCUUCGCCUGGACGGCCAUCCACCUCUUUAACAUUGUCAGCAGUGUGGGGGGGCUGGAGCGAUCGGAUUCUGAUUCAGACACAGAGAGGAAGGGGACAUGGAACGAAAGAAAGAAAAAAGGAUAUGAGCGGAUGAGCGUGGGAGACGACAUGUGCAACUUUACUAACUUUCGACCGGCAACUCUCACAGUCACCAACUUCUUUAAACAGGAGGGGGACCGGCUAAGUGAUGAAGACCUGUAUAAGUACCUAGCCGACAUGAGGAGGCCGUCCUCAUUGCUGCGUCGACUCAGGCCUGUCACAGCUCAGUUAAAGAUUGACAUUUCUCCUGCCCCUGAAGCUCCUCACUACUGUCUUUCUCCUGAACUACUCCACGUGAAGCCCUACCCUGACCUGCGCGUGCGACCCACCAAGGAGGUUUUGGAGUUCCCUGCACGCUAUGUUUAUACUCCUCACACGACUUAUAGGAACUUGUUGUAUGUGUACCCCCAGAGUCUAAACUUCAGCAGCAGACAGGGCUCAGUGCGCAACAUUGCUGUAAAAGUGCAGUUCAUGGCAGGGGAGGACCCCAACCAGGCAAUGCCUGUGAUAUUUGGGAAAUCCAGUUGUGCAGAAUUCUACAAAGAGGCAUACACACCUGUGAUUUAUCAUAACAAAUCCCCUGAAUUUUACGAAGAGGUAAAGAUGAAAAUUCCUGCCAACCUGACUGACAACCACCACCUGCUGUUUACCUUCUACCACAUCAGCUGCCAGCCCAAGCAGAACACACUGCUGGAGACACCUGUGGGCUACACUUGGAUCCCUCUGAUGCAGCAUGGUCGUCUCCGCACAGGAUCCUUUAGCCUGCCUGUGUCAGUGGAGAAACCUCCACCCAGCUACUCUGUCCUCACCCCUGACGUGCAGCUUCCAGGUAUGAAGUGGGUGGACAAUCAUAAAGCAGUGUUCAGUGUCGAGGUGACAGCAGCCUCGUCAGUUCACACUCAGGACCCAUACCUGGACAAGUUCUUCACCCUGGUAUAUGUCCUGGAGGAGUACUCAUUUCCAUUUCGACUGAAGGACGUGAUCAUAACUGAGGCUAAUGUGGAGGCUGAACUUAAGGCCAGCAUGGCAGCCUUGAAGGGAGCUCUGUUGGAUACAUGUGUGCGCUUCCUGCACCAACUGCUGAACAAACUCAUCCUCCUCAUUGUCCACCCUCCUGUCAUCGCAGGACAGAUCGUCAACCUGGGACGGGCUGCCUUUGAGGCCAUGGCUCUUCUGGUCAACCAAAUCCAUAAGAAUCUGGAGGGGAACCAGGAUCAACAUGGUCGCAACAAUCUGCUGGCCUCGUACAUCUACUACUGUUUCCAUCUACCAACCACCGAGCCUGUAAUGCCCCCUACUGUGAGUGGAUCUUCCUAUGACCUUCCUAUCCAGUAUGCCACCUUAUCUCGGGCAACGGGCCGCCCCAGCAGUUUGCAGCUGUCCCGCUCCAAGAGCAUCAGCAACUCCAACCCUGACCUGGCAUCCACACCUGUCUCUCCUGAUGAGGAGGUGCAGAGGAUCAUUGGAAGCAAGGGGAUAGACCGCUCUCACUCCUGGGUAAACUCUGCUUAUGCUCCCGGGGGCUCCAGAUCCGUGCUCCGCCGGAACCCCAACUCCAGCUGUGAGCCCAAGCAGGCCAGCGACCGGGUUGCUAACCGCAUGUCAGCAUUCAUCGACAGCACCUGCUUACUCGCACCACCUUCCAAACACCUCCACAGGAAGUUGUUACAUGAAGAGCUGGCUCUGCAGUGGGUAGUGAGUACUAGCACUGUGAGAGAGGCAGCACUGCAACAGGCUUGGUUUUUUUUCCAGCUCAUGGUUAAAAGCAUGGCCCAUCACCUGUUUCUUACAUCCAAGUUGGACGUGCCUAGACGUCAGCGCUUUGCUGACCGCUUUGUGGACGACAUUGCUGCCUUGGUGUGCGCCAUCAGUGCAGACAUAGCCAGCAGGCACCACAAGGAUGUUGAGCUUGUGGAGAGAUUAAACAACAGUCUGGCCUUCUUCCUUAAUGACUUGCUUUCUCUUGUGGAUCGGGGGUUUGUUUUUAACCUCAUCCGUACCUACUAUAAACAGAUCGCCAAUAAGCUCCACACGACGCAGAACCCAAGCUCUCUGAUGGCACUGAGGCUGGACUGCAUGCGUAUAGUGUGCAGUCAUGAGCACUACAUCACUCUUAACCUGCCAUGCUCCACCCUCAGCCCUCCAUCUUCUCCAUCACCCUCAACUUCCUCCACCACCUCUCAGAGUUCGGCGUUCUCUUAUCCAGUACAGGACCAGGGUGUGGUCAGCAUGUUUGAACUGUCCGUGCCUUUCCGCCAGCAGCACUUCCUGUCUGGAUUGCUUCUUUCCGAGCUUUCCCUCAUCCUAGAGCCUGAAGGAGAGGGCGUCUUCUUUUUACACAAGAAGGCCAUCAGUGCGGUGCACUCACUGUUGUGCAGUCACGAUUCAGACCAACGCUACGUCGACCCUCAGGUCCGUGCCCAUAUCGCCCAGCUGUACCUUCCACUCAUCCCUACUGUCAUGGAGACUCUGUCCCAGCUCUAUGACUUCACUGAUACCUCUCCUCAGCGUGCAAGGCAUGCCUCUGUGGUUUUUGAUGACUCUGACCCAGACAACAGCACCAUCAGCCCCUCGAUUGCUAUGGCAAUAGCAGGUUCCCCACUUCCACAUUCCAAAGCCAAUCUCUUCACACUGCCUUCAUUGACGGGACGUCAGGGCAGCACUAUCUCUGCUGAGUGCAGCAGGAUUUUGCUGGUGUGUGUUCUGUGGGUGCUGAAAAACGCAGAUGCAGCCUUGCUAGAGCGCUGGAUCUCAGAGCUCUCCGUGCUGCACAUCAACCGGCUGCUUGACCUCCUGCACCUGGCCAUCUCCUGCUUUGAGUACAAGGGGAAGAAGACUCUGGAGCGGAUCAACAGCUUGACGUUCAAGAAAUCGCAGGACAUGAAGGCCCGUCUGGAGGAGGCCAUCCUAGGCACUAUCGGAGCCCGACAGGAAAUGGUCCGCCGUUGCCGAGAGAGAAGUCCUUAUGGAAGCCAGGAGAAUGUACGAUGGAGAAAGAAUGUGACUCACUGGAGACAGAAUGCAGACCGAGUGGACAAAACAAAAGCAGAGAUGGAACAGGAGUCAGUGGUGGAUGGAAACUUGGCAACUGAAGCUUCUUUAAUAGUUUUGGACACUCUGGAAAUUAUUGUCAAAACGGUGGUUCUGUCUGAGCUGAAGGAGAGCGUAUUGGGCGGAGUGCUAAAAGUUCUUCUCCACAGCAUGGCUGGAAACCAGAGUGCUCUUUUCUUGCAACACUGCUUCACUACACAGAGAGCUUUGGUCUUUAAGUUCCCAGAGAUGCUUUUUGAGGAAGACACAGAGUUGUGUGCUGACCUGUGUCUGCGUUUACUGCGCCACUGCAGCAGCAGUAUCAGCUCUGUACGCAGCCAUGCCAGCGCCUCCCUCUACCUGCUCAUGAGACAGAACUACGAGAUCGGCAACAACUUUGCACGGGUUAAAAUGCAGGUCACCAUGUCUUUGUCAUCAUUGGUGGGUACAUCUCAAACCUUUAACGAGGAGCACCUGCGGCGUUCUCUCAAAACCAUUCUCACCUACGCAGAGGAGGAUCUGGAGCUUCGAGACUCACCCUUCCCUGAGCAGGUCCAGGAUCUGGUGUUUAACCUGCACAUGAUCCUCACUGAUACAGUGAAGAUGAAGGAGCAUCAGCAGGACCCCGAGAUGCUGCUGGACCUUAUGUACAGGAUCGCUAAGGGUUAUCAGAACUCUCCGGACUUGCGUCUGACUUGGCUUCAGAACAUGGCUGGAAAGCAUUCGGAGAGGGGCAACCACGCUGAAGCUGCACACUGCCUGGUCCACAGUGCCGCCCUGGUGGCAGAGUACCUCAACAUGCUGGAGGACUGCCGCUACCUUCCUAUUGGCUGCGUAACUUUCCAGAGUAUCUCAUCUAAUGUACUGGAGGAGUCAGCUGUAUCUGAUGAUAUCUUGUCCCCGGAGGAAGAGGGCAUCUGUGCGGGGAAGUACUUUAGCGAGGUUGGGCUGGUAGGAUUGCUGGAGCAAGCAGCUGCCUCCUUUAACAUGGCUGGCAUGUAUGAAGCUAUAAAUGAAGUCUAUAAGAUCCUCUGCCCCAUCCACGAGGCCAACAGAGACUACAAGAAGCUCGCCUCCAUCCAUGGCAAGCUACAGGAUGCCUUCAACAAAAUCUACAAUCAGAGCUCAGGAUGGGAGAGGAUGUUUGGGACCUACUUCCGUGUAGGUUUUUAUGGCUGUCGCUUUGGAGACCUUGAUGAACAGGAGUUUGUGUACAAAGAGCCUUCCAUCACAAAGCUGGCUGAGAUUUCACACAGACUGGAGGAGUUCUAUUCAGAACGCUUUGGUGAUGAUGUCGUGGAGAUCAUCAAGGAUUCCAACCCUGUGGACAAGACUAAACUGGACCCCAACAAGGCAUACCUCCAGAUCACCUAUGUGGAGCCUUACUUUGACACAUACGAGCUGAAAGAGCGCAUCACCUACUUCGACAAGAACUACAAUCUGCGCAUGUUCAUGUACUGCACUCCCUUCACACUAGAUGGCCGUGCACACGGUGAUCUGCACGAGCAGUACAAACGCAAGACCAUCCUCACCACGUCUCACGCGUUCCCGUACAUCAAAACCCGCAUCAAUGUCAUCCAGAAGGAAGAGGUAAUCCUUGUUCCAAUCGAGGUGGCUAUUGAGGACAUGCAGAAGAAGACGCAAGAGCUGGCAUUUGCCACACACCAGGAUCCAGCUGACUCUAAGAUGUUGCAAAUGGUGCUGCAGGGCUGCGUAGGCACCACCGUCAAUCAGGGUCCGCUAGAAGUGGCCCAGGUCUUCUUGUCUGAAAUUCCAGAUGACCCUAAGCUAUUUCGGCAUCACAAUAAACUACGCCUCUGCUUUAAGGACUUCACAAAGAGAUGUGAGGACGCUCUGAGAAAAAACAAGGCUCUAAUUGGUCCGGACCAAAAGGAGUACCACAGGGAGCUGGAGAGAAACUACAGUAAGCUGAAGGAAGCUCUCUCUCCUCUCAUUAACCGCAAAAUUCCUCAGCUGUACAGAGUAGUACAGCCACUGCCUACUACACCUACACACAGGAAUUCUCUAAGCAGGUCCAGUUUUCUUCGAUCCGACUGCUAAAAAGCACCACAGCUGACGCUGGGCGAGUCACAGACCCCUCAACCAGACUCCCCAUUGCCUUCUCCCACACUGAGCAUGAAGUCUCAGCCUGCUUUUAAAGGAGCUAAACUUGUGUUUACUUAGAAGGGUUAUCUGUGGCAUAAACAUAGCCAUGCUGGCUCUCCAGAGAUGGGGCAGUGAUGGUUCAGGCAGCUCCAAAAACGAGCUCUGUCAAAGCAGGCUCAAGGUAAUUUUAGGUUUGCUGAACAUGGGAAUCCAAAUAGUCUAGUGCACUUCCUCCUUUUGUGCUAUUGUGUGUGUGUGUGUGGUGUGUGUGGGUGGGUGUUUGAGAGUAAAAGAGAGCAAGAUUGAAGGAAAAAUGUUGAGAUCUCUGUAGUGUUGGGUAAUUAACUGCUUGCACUCAAGUUUAUAAGCCUUGUGAAUCUUACCCCAACCAAAGCUUUAAAGUUUCGCCACCAUGUCCCAAGAUAAUAUUUAUCUUUUGCAAUAUGUUUAACCAUUAGCUACUGGCCCCGUGAGUGAUGAUAUCUGCUGAAAACCUCAAACUCUCCUCCCCAAGCCCUAAAAAGGCUUGGCUUAAACUGUUAGACUUGACAUUCCCACACUAAUCAUUGAACUUGCCUGCUGAUGGGUACAGACAAGAAAGGAAAAAAUGCGGAAUUGGAAAGAAUAAACAAAACUAGUAGCAACACUGACACAAACCACACUACGACCACUGCACUGUUAGAAUUUUGUACUGACACUUGUACAUAGAUUUGCACUCUCUACACGCAUUCACGGCUUUUAUCUGAAAUGCACAAAAGCAUAAAAUGACCUUGUAGUCAAUAGUGUAAAGUUUUUAUAUUUACGUAUGUACGCGACUAUAAAGGAUCUACUGUCUUGCACAAUUGAAAGUGUUGGUGAAAUCUACUGUAUGUCUUCAAAUUAUGUUCAAAAUACUGACCUAAAACUGCUGAUUACUAUUUUUAAGUUAUUUCUGUAUAUUUACUUUUUUACUAAUUGUAUUAAAUGCAGUUCUUAAUCUUUACCUUGUUUAAGUAUUUUCAUUUAAUUUUCAUCAACCGCUUUAUCCUGAUCAGGGUCGCAACACGUCCGCCCUGGACUAGGGAUGUAACGAUACACUAUACCCGCGAUGCGAUUUACGAUAUUGGGUUUACAACACGACUUUUUCCCGAUUUUUUUUUUUUUUUUAAGCUGAAAUUGUGACUAUGAUUAUGAAGUUUCCUUUUAUUAUUUCUCUUAAAAAAUAAAAUAAAACACUGUA